AUGGCGGCGGCGGCGGCGAAGGCGAACCGGUUGGCGGUGAAGGUGAGGAGGGAGGUGAUUGAAGGUUGCAUGACGUGUACUAUCUGCAACCGGCUCUUCAGAGACGCCACCACCAUCUCCGAGUGUCUUCAUACCUUUUGCAGAAAGUGCAUAUACAAAAGGAUAUCCAACGAUGGACUAGAAUCAUGUCCUAUCUGCAAUAUUGAUCUGGGCUGUGUAGCGCUGGAGAAACUAAGGGCGGAUCACAAUUUGCAAGAUGUGAGAUCAAAGAUCUUCCCAUUCAAGAGAAGAAAGAUUGUGGCACCCGAUCAUGUCGCUCCUGAAGAAUUCCCUGAUGUUACUUCUGACGUUUCACCAUUGGUCCCAUUACCAGUUAGAAGAAAGGAGAGGUCGCUCUCAUCUUUAGUAGUCAGUAGUCCAAAAGUAUCGACACAGAAUACGACAACAGGAAGACGAACCAAACUUGCGCCUAGAAAAAGUAGUUCUGCUACAAGGAGCUGCAGUCUCCCCUUAGAUCAUAAACCUAUUGAGAAGGACGAUGAUGACAAUGUGGAAGAUUUCCCUGAGAGUUCAAGUUCACGAGAAACUGAUAAGAAAUUCGACAGAAAUGGAAGAAAGUGUUCAUCGGCUGAGCCAAGCCAAUCUGCUUCUAAUGCUGAAGCACCAGAUAUUGGUGGUGAACCAUUGGAUAGGAAAUCUGAUCUCUGGCAACCUUUAAAUUUUUUGGUGGAAGUUGCAAGUAGGACCAACUCUUACAAGUCGAAUAAUAAUUCACAACUUCCUGAUGAUAAAUUAGAGUCUAUUCAUCUCCCUGAAAGUGAAGCUUCGUUUAGGAAACCCAAGUAUAGGGAAAAUAAGGACAAGUCAAAUGUUGAUGAUGAGAAGAUCCAGAUAUAUACUGAUUCCCAGGAACCAGAAGAACCAAAGAAGCAGCGCAGGAUUCGCAGAAGGAAGCCAUCUGUGAAUGAUUCUGGUAUCUCUUCUCAAGCUGUCCUAGAUGCUUCAAGUUCAAAACAAGAGAGAAGAGCCACUCCUGUUUGGUUCUCAUUGGUUGCUUCCAGUGAACAGGAAGGAGAUGCAUCUUUGCCACAAAUCUCAGCAAACUACUUAAGAAUUAAUGAUGGAAGUAUACCUGUUUCAUUCAUCCACAAGUACCUGAAGAGGAAACUAGACCUCCAUAGUGAAGAAGAGAUUGAGAUAAAAUGCAUGGGACAACCAGUCCUGCCAACGUUGCAACUGCGCAAUCUAGUUGAUCAGUGGAUCCAGAAAGAAUCAACAUCAGAAAGAAGUGAAGCCAGGGUUGGUUUGUCAGCCAAGGAGUUCGUCAUGGUUCUCGCGUAUGCCCGAAGGGAAUCAAAGAGCAGCAGCAAUUAG